ACAAAACAUGAUCCAAUCUAAAAGCAAAAGGAAUGUCUCUUCAUAGAGUUUAUCAUCGCUUCUCUUGCUCUCCACCCUAUUCUCUUACUCUUCUCUCUCACAAGCUCUCACCUUUCUCCCUUCCUCUGCAUCCCCCUGCUCUUCUUAAGCUUCCUCUCAGACCCCCAUCCAGGCCCAUGAGGUUUCACAGUGUCUCCGCGUCCUCUAGGCUCCCAAAGCUGGCACCUUUGGCCUCUUUGUCUGAGAAAGUUGUUGGGGAUUCUAAUGGCUCUUCUACUUCUGAGAUUGAAGAUACUGAAGGGAAUGGGUAUUGUCUUCCUCCAAAGGAAAUCAGAGACAUUGUUGAUGCACCACCCCUUCCUGUUUUGUCAUUUUCACCUCAAAGGGACAAAAUCCUAUUCCUGAAGCGCAGAUCUCUGCCACCGCUGUCAGAUCUUGCAAAACCAGAGGAAAAGCUUGCUGGUAUACGGAUUGAUGGAAACUGCAAUGCUCGAAGUCGGAUGUCUUUUUACACAGGCAUAGGAAUCCACUGCCUGAUGGAUGAUGGCACUCUAGGGCCAGAGAAAGAGGUGCAUGGGUUUCCAGAUGGUUCAAAAAUUAAUUUUGUUAGCUGGUCACGGGACGGUCACCAUUUGUCAUUUAGCAUCCGAGGUGAUGAGGAUGAUGAGAGCAACAGCAAGAUGAAACUAUGGGUUGCUGAUGUGGAAACAGGGAAUGCAAGACCACUUUUUCAAUCACCUGAUUUAUACUUGAAUGCUAUUUUUGAUAAUUUUGUUUGGGUUGAUGAUUCAACAUUGUUGGUUUGUACUAUCCCUGCUACCCGUGGAGCCCCUCCGAAGAAGCCAUUAGUUCCAUCUGGGCCCAAAAUACAGUCAAAUGAGGAGCAGAGUGUUAUUCAAGUCAGAACUUUCCAGGACCUAUUGAAAGAUGAAUAUGAUGCAGAUCUGUUUGACUAUUAUUGCACCUCACAACUUGUAUUAGUCUCUUUGGAUGGCAAAAUGAAGCCAAUUGGUCCUCCUGCUGUUUAUACGUCAAUGGAUCCAUCCCCAGAUAGAAAGUACUUCAUGAUUACAUCAAUUCACCGGCCGUAUUCUUUCAUUGUCCCAUGUGGAAGGUUUCCCAAGAAAGUUGAUCUUUGGACAUGCAACGGGAAAUUUGUUAGAGAACUUUGUGAUCUACCACUUGCUGAGGAUAUCCCGAUUGCUUUCAAUAGUGUGCGCAAAGGAAAGCGCUCAAUCAAUUGGAGGGCUGACAAACCAUCAACUCUUUAUUGGGCAGAGACACAAGAUGGAGGGGAUGCAAAGGUUGAGGUUUCUCCACGGGAUAUAAUUUAUACAGAACCUGCUGAGAUUGUAAAUGGUGAACAGCCAGAGGUUUUGCAUGUGCUUGAUCUUCGAUAUGGGGGUAUCUCCUGGUGUGAUGAUUCGCUUGCUCUAGUGUAUGAAUCCUGGUACAAAACACGUCGUACUAAAACAUGGGUAAUUGCUCCAGGCAAUAAGGAGAUAACCCCGCGCAUCUUAUUCGAUAGAUCAUCAGAGGAUGCAUAUUCAGAUCCAGGGUCACCAAUGAUGCGGAGGACAGAUAAUGGAACUUAUGUUAUUGCAAAGAUUAAAAAGGAGGAUGAAGGAACUUUUCUUCUUCUUAAUGGCAGUGGUGCAACUCCAGAAGGAAAUGUCCCAUUUCUUGAUUUGUUUGAUAUAAAUACAGGCAACAAAGAGCGGAUAUGGGAGAGUGACAAGGAAAAGUACUUUGAAACCGUUGUUGCAUUGAUGUCUGAUAAUGGUGAAGGUGAACUUCCAAUUGACCAGUUGAAAGUUCUUACAUCCAAAGAGUCGAAAACGGAAAACACACAGUAUUAUAUACAGAGUUGGCCUGAUAAAAAAGCCGUUCAAAUUACAAAUUUUCCACAUCCCUAUCCUCAAUUAGCAGCACUGCAGAAAGAGAUGAUUAAAUACCAGAGAAAGGAUGGGGUUCAGCUUACCGCAACACUCUACUUGCCUCCCAGUUAUGACCCAUCAAAAGACGGCCCUCUUCCAUGUUUGGUAUGGUCUUAUCCUGGCGAGUUCAAGAGUAAAGAAGCAGCUGGACAAGUCCGUGGCUCUCCCAAUGAGUUUGCCGGCAUCGGUCCAACAUCAGCCCUUCUUUGGUUAGCUAGAGGAUUUGCUAUUUUAUCUGGACCAACUAUCCCCAUCAUUGGUGAAGGCGAUGAAGAAGCAAAUGACAGGUAUGUAGAGCAGUUGGUUGCUAGUGCAGAGGCCGCGGUUGAGGAAGUCAUUAGGAGAGGGGUUGCUGAUUCGAACAAGAUUGCUGUAGGGGGUCAUUCUUAUGGGGCAUUCAUGACUGCUAAUCUUCUAGCACAUGCUCCGCAUCUUUUUUGCUGUGGAAUUGCUCGCUCGGGAGCCUACAACAGAACACUGACACCUUUCGGUUUUCAAAAUGAAGACAGAACACUAUGGGAAGCUACCGGUACUUAUGUUGAGAUGAGCCCUUUCAUGUCGGCAAACAAAAUUAAGAAACCAAUCUUACUGAUUCAUGGCGAAGAAGACAAUAAUUCAGGAACUCUAACAAUGCAGUCCGAUAGGUUUUUUAAUGCUUUGAAAGGCCACGGAGCGCUAUGUCGUUUGGUUAUUCUUCCCUUCGAGAGCCAUGGUUAUUCUGCCAGAGAGAGCAUCAUGCAUGUUCUUUGGGAAACUGACCGGUGGCUACAACAGUACUGUGUGAAUAACUUGGAAAAGAGCGUAAGCCUUGAUCCCACGAAUGAUGAAGCUCCUAAGGAAACAAAAGAUGCAGCUCUUUCAGCAAGUGGAGGUGGGCCUAACCGAGGCCUGGAGCAAGAUGGCUCACACUUAACACCAAGGUCACUAUUAUGAGUUAGUGCAGACUUUUCAUAACAUCCGGCUGGACGAUUUGCAUUCAGAUUUUAUUUGGAAAAAUACAGAAGUGCACAUUUGAAGCCAUUAAAGAAACCAGCUUCUGCUUACACCUGAAUAAGGGCGUGGACAAAUUGCGAGCACUAAUUUUAUAUGUAUGCCACCUCUUCUGAAACAUAUAUUCAAACAGAGCUAGAUUUUUAGAUCCUCCCAAGCCAUUCUAGUUGCUUAAAUGUUUCAGUUACUUUCCAUUGUUAAGUGUGAGGCCUUCUGUUAUGCAUUAGAUGGCUGAUGUUGUCAUUACGUUUGGCAUUGAUCAAUGUUUCUUAAGUAUUUAUCCAAAGGUGGUUCUUUUUAAACCAGAAUGAAUUAGAUUCCAAUUAUAAGUUUCUGAA